AUGAGAUAUACAUCUCUCACGACUCUCUUCCUGGCCGCGCGAUUCAUAACCACAGUCUACAGCCAAAACCAACAUCCCAUGGCUGACCAUAACCUGGGCCCGGCGAUGCCCCCUCAAACCGAGCCUCCCGCUCCCUCCAACCCCGCCGACGACGACGCUGUAAUCCUCUCGGAUGUCCUUGGAAAUGAUCGCAAUAUCAACAUCUUCGCAGGCUUUACUCGGGAUUUUGCGCCCAUAAGCCAGCGGUUUGAAGACAGCUCCCUCAACACCACGAUUCUCGCACCCGUGAAUUCUGCGAUUAUGGGCCUACCGAGAAAACCAUGGGAGGAUCCCAAGGAUUACGAUAGGUUAGGGGUGAGUGCGUAUGAGGGAAAGAGCGGGGAGGAUAGGGCGCAUAGGAACCUGAGGAGGUUUGUUGAGGCGCAUGUUGUGCCUGAUAGUCCUUGGGAGGAGGGAGUGAAGGUGGAUACACUUGCUGGAGGCAAGAUUUGGUGGGAGAGUAGGGAUGGGAAGAAGAUAAUUCAGCCCGGGAAUAUCGAAGUUAGUUCUGUUCCGCAUAAGGUCUAUAAUGGGGAAGUUUGGGUCUUGAAGGGGGCUGUGGCCUUGGGGACAACAAAUGGUCUAUUGGCUUGGGAUUCCACAGCGAUCCGGGACCCUAGAAUAUCUAGGCACGACCUCUACGAUUAUAAUGAAUAUAGACGAGUGGAAAUGGCCACUCGGAGGAACUCCGAGUCUGACACCUUUUCGUCCAAGAAUGGGAAAAUUCAAAUUAACGAUGCCCCAUCCUUGGGAGAUCUGGAAGGAACUUUUAAGGUUAUAGUGGGGAACAUGGUAGCUCCAUUGUUCGAUCUCCAUAUGGGAUCAGGCCAUUUAUUUAGUCGAUUUAAGCCUAUUAGGAUACGCUUUACACUCGAUAGUACUGGUACAAAAUACUACAAAUGGGACAUGUGA